CAGGCGAGUUGCCCAGUCGCAAGGCACCACCUGCACUUCAUUCUCCCCCCGUCCGCCCGUUUUGCUCGUCACCAUUGCAACAACUUCACCUUGCGUCCUUUCACCCAAAGACCCGUCAACUUUGUCUUCCGCAAUCGACAACUACCACGACGAGGCAUCGCGAUAUCCCCCACAAGCACUCGAGCUGCUUCGAUAUUGCUAGGAACAUCAUUUUUAAUUCACCGAUACGACGUUGUGGAAGGGUUAAGUCGGUGAAUGCUGGUAAAUUUGGGUAUCUUCGACCACAACAGCCGGUCGGCGGUUUCGCGCGACUCGCCACAGUGAGAUCGAUCGACUUUUAUCAUUCCACUCCUCAAUACCGUCCUAUCGUCAAUCGUCCAUCGUUCAUCAAGCGCAUCAGAACAAGUUAAUCGGCCUACCAUAUUCAACGUUUCUUCGGCCUUUCCGACUCUCAUUAAGCCCUUUCGUAUUCUCACCUUGUCAGCAUCCGGGCGUCAAUUUUUGCUGGCAUUAUCUAGGGAUUUCUGACGACUUCUCUACCUCCGAAUUGCGCCGCGCACCGUAAUUGUCCAUCGUUUUCGGCUAGUUUUCUCGAUGGCGACCAUGUUAUUCAAUCCUCAAACGCCUCAGAGUCCUUCUCAAUUUUCCCCGACUACAGGCGACCAAGUGUCGAGCAUGAACAGCUCUAUGACCUCCAUCACCACAGCUCUACCGACGCCGGCACAUAGCGUGAACGGGUCCGCCCAACCAACCGACAUGUCUCACGAUACUGCGGUGGCAGAUGCCUAUUCGGCCAAGCGAAAAUAUCCAUUCGACGAUGCUGGAGAUCAUGAGCACAAAAAAGUCAACCUCGAGAAUCGCCGAGUUGGUAUUGAGAACCUGCACCUGGAUGUUGGUGAAAAGUACCUCCUUUGCAGUACUCCCUACUCCACCUCGUACCCAUGUCUAUCGGACGAUUUCUUUGAGAUGUUCGGAUUGACCGGCAUCGCUGCUGAGGUCGCCCGUACGAAGCCUAACGGAGAGAAGAAUGCGCUUCGCAAGACGUACAAAGGUCAAAUAAAGACUCUAGGAUUAAGCGGCCAUUUUGAUGCGGUGAAGAAAGAGCUCGAAGCCCCCGAUGGCCUACUGGCAUUGGCUGGGCUUGACGAAGAUGCAUGGUUCAGUAGGGAAGUAAGCGGGAAGGAGAUUGAGAAAGGACUGUCGCAGACGCACCAGGCGCAUCUAUCUCGAGCGGCAGCGAUGGCUAGAGGUUCCAUACCCAAGGCGGCCUGGGAUAGCUCUGUCCUCGGUGACUUAGCGCCCGGUAUUUUGCCAAAGAAAGCUGGUCACGAGUCGGCCACGAGACAGACGGCACCUAGCACUCCGGCUGCCUCGGCCCCCGGUAUCACCCCGAAGUCGAACAAGCCGUUGACGCCGCAGAUUGAUCGUGCUCGUCGGAUUGGAAAAAAGCGAAGCUACCAAGACAGCAGCUUUGAAGGAUACGGCGAAGGCUAUGCUGAUGACGAUACAGGCGGGUAUUCAACUGGCGAUGCGGAUGAACGGUCGAAGCUCAAGAGGAGAAAGCAGGUACAUGCAGAUCGUCCGUCUUCUGCAAGUCUCUUUGCUGACCGAUGA